GUCACCUUGGCGCGGGUUGUACAUAUUGGCUGCUGGCGUCAUGUGUUAUAAUAAUGUUUGUAAAUAUGAAUGAGUUUGGAGAUACUAUAAUAAGUUCGGAUCAGUUGCUUUCUUUUGGGCUUGGUGGGCUUCGUAAUAUAGGCAACACUUGUUACAUGAAUGCCGCUUUACAAGCCUUAUCAAAUUGGUAACUUUCAGUGAUUCUUUUCAGUUUUGCAGUCCACAUUUAACGGAAUUUUUCCUCGAGUGUCAUAACAUCCUUGAUCCAAAUCGAAGGCUUGUGUUGUUCAAUCAUUAUUGCACACUACUUUCUGAAUUUUGGGGAAAUGAAAGACCACGCUGUUUCAAUGCAAAUACAAUUUUAGAUACUUUCUGCAUUGUGCACCCAAUGUUCAGAGGUUAUGCACAACAAGAUGCUCAAGAGUUUUUGAGACUAUUUUUAGUCCAGCUGCACGAGGAACUGAAACACUCAUGGCUUUCAAACUCAGACAAAAAAGGCAUCAAACAAACAACUACUACUGGUUCUUCGGACAACAGUAACAACAGUAUAAUUACAGAUGUCUUUCAGGGCAGAUUAGUUAGUUCUGUCCGUUGUCUGUCAUGCAGUCGGGUUAGUUACGUAUUCGUUGUUACAGAAAUCUUGAAAAAUAUUUCCUUUCAUUCCCAGUUAUGAUGUUUAGUUUGUUAAUGUUUCAAAUGAUCUUAUGAAAUUUGGAAUUAUUAAAGUUUCUGUUUUUGAUGUCUAAAUAAAUGCAGACACAUUUAGAAAACUCUCGGCUUCUGUUAACUUUGAGUCACUUAUGGGGUAGGUGAGAUGUCCGUUUGCCAAACAAAAGGGGAGUAUACUGCACAACAGUUCGUUCUGUGUUACUAUAUGUCCGUGACACAUGUUUCAUAGAAGUAGAAGAGAUACGUAGGCUUCAAAUGUCUUCGAAGCAUUUCUUGGGUUUCGUGGAACGACCAAAUAAGCAAUACUAUGGCUAGACAUUAGAGUAAUGGGUAUAUAUGAUAAAUUGGUUGGUGAGGUUAUGGGUCAUACAUUCCGUAUGGAUAACUGCCCCUUACCUCGGUGAGCUGUGUUAGUUAAUGUUGGAAUAUGUUAAAAGCAAUCUAGAGGUGGCCAUACUAAAACCUAGGAUCAGUUUAUGAAGUCGCUGACUGUUGGUCUAAACCAUGUUUGUGGAUGCGGACCACCUGAUUAAGAUUCAAGUGGUGGCCGUGUUUAAUGGUUGUAGACGUUGAGUGCUAUGGCUUAGAAUCAGUCACAAUGGCGCAAACGCUUUCAUUCUUCGUCCUCCUACAGUUCUUGAGUCCUAGUUUUCCCUCAUAAAUACCUUUUCGGAUCAUAUUUAUAAGGUUUAGUCUUCAUCGUUAUCAUUGGUACUGCACUUUUUUUAAAAUUUAUUAUCCAUGUUUUUAAUCUUAUUUCUGGUUUAAUAUGGUAAUAUCGACGUGGGCUAAGGUAAUUUGUCGUCGCCUCUACAUUAAUUAUGACUGACUGUGACCAAUGGAAGUUGCUGUCUUUUGACAAUUAUAUUCAAAUCCUUCAACUUGCGAAAUGAAUUUUUUGUUUACCCAGUGUGAAAAGUUGUUUAAUUUUGAAGAUAAUUUCUGUCUUGGGCCAAGAAUAGUUUGGUAUUGUGAAUGUCACUGCUGAAAAGUCCCAUAUUAAUUAGAAAUAACUGUUCAGUUCUUUGUUGUCUGCAGUUUAAUAAGAACUUUUAAGUUAAAUGAAUCUGAAAAAACCAAGGAAACCCGUUAUAUCAUAAAAUAAGUAAAGUCAGUUUGACGAAAAAAAGAGUGUUUUUCAUGAUAUCAAUUUAUAAAGCUAGCUAUACAGUCUCAUUCAUUCCUUUUCUUUUUUUUUUGAAUUCACAGUACACAAAUAUUCACGAUAAUAGGUACUUUGUUGUUCAGUCUAUAGAGUGUGUGUCACAUACAGUUUGGAGAAGGCUAUGAAUGUAAAUUUUAUUCAUUCAAAAUUAAUUUCAUUGAAGCCCAUUAAUUUACAUAUGUCCUUGCUGAUUUAAAUUCUGUUGAAAUUUAUUAAUGAAAUAUAUUUAUUUUUUCUAGUACCAUACAUAUAAACAGAAUAAAAAUGAAUCUGAGACCUGUACAUUUAGAUUAUUUAAACAUUUGUAAAUUUUUCUUAGUCUUCAAGAAUUUUGUACAGCAAUUUCAAUUUACCUCGAUAAAUAUAGCGUACUAUGAUUUCUCUCUGGUGUUUAUUAAAUGCGAUGUUUCGUCUGGAAAAAAUAAAGGAUUUCUGGUCGUUCUGUAAUUCUCUUGUCCACUUUUCUCCUUUUUGAAAAAUUAAAUGUACGUGUUGAUAAUUAACUGAUCACUGAGUAGUGAUUAUUGUGUAUGUCAAGUCCUUCUUAGUGAAUUUAAUCGACAAAAUUCGGUCAACAUUACAAAAGACGUACAUGACAUUGACGACUACUCAGUAAUCGGUCAAUGGUUAAUACAUCUCUGUCCUACAGGAGGUCAGUCGCAUCUCGAAUAGCUUAGUGGUAACGUCUCUGAUUGCACAUUUGGGUGUCAGAAUUGAAUCGGUCAGAGUAUUAGUUAUCUUGAGAUUACAAGUACACCCUACUAACAGGUGCCAGAUAGCACUAAAUCUAGGUUUAGGGUUUUCUAUCGACUGCAUUUAAUCACUUUACGUGUGAAGAUGUAUGUCCUUGUGAUAGAUUCUGAAAUUUUUAGAUUUUUCUGGCUUAGCUCCGGAUGAUUUAAAAGGCGUUUUACGAGUCUUCAUUAUCUCCGUUCUCACAAAUUUAAUUCAUAUAUUUUAUGCAACAGUGCUUCCAUUUAUUUGAUGAAGUGUUCACUAACAUUAACAUUUACAGUAAAUUUUUAGUGAGUUUUUUGUAUAUAUAUGAUCGUUACUUCUAUAUAGCUUUCCAAUCGGGAGGAAUCAUUUAUGGACUUGUCCCUUUCCCUUACCAAACCUACUGUACAAACGUAUUUAUCCUCUUCUGUUGAUCAAUCAACAAAAUCCUCCUUGAUGAAUGGUUCAAUAAGCACAGGUUCUUUAUUGAAAAAUGGUCCUGUAUAUUUGAAAACAUCUAAUGAUUUGCAACAGACACAACCAUCGAAGUCAACAAGUAGAAGGUAUUCUACACCACGUGGAUCAAAAAUAAAAUCAUCGUUAUUCACAUUACCAACAGUUGUUGGUCGUCUGGUAAUGGGUAUUCCUUGGUUACUCACUAUGCUUUUAACCCUAACUCAUAUAUUUUUAUCCUAUGUACAAAGCUUUUUGCCCUCACCUAAACAAUGGAUAGAUAAAUGGUCUACUCUUACCCUUGAAGAUUGCUUAUCUCAUUAUUUUUCUGAAGCGGAAUUAGUUGGUGAAAAUGGAUACUUUUGUGGAAGAUGUAAUCGGCGGUGUAAUGGUUUGAAACAGUUCAGACUUGUCGCGUUGCCGGAAAUUCUUACACUUCACUUGAAAAGAUUCAGUAGUAAUCAUUUAUAUUCUUCGAAAUUAUCAUCUCCAGUGAAUUUCCCGUUAAAGAAUUUAGAUCUCUCACCAUACCUUCAUCGUGAUUGUACCGAUAAAAUUACAACCUAUGAUUUAAUUGGUGUCAUCUGUCACUAUGGCGGUUGCGGCGGUGGUCAUUACACUACAUGUGCGUAUAAUUCCUCAACGGAACAUUGGUAUGAAUUCAAUGAUGAACAUGUACGAAAAUUAGAUGCCGAACAAGUGGAAUCAUUGAAAAGUUCAGCAUAUAUCCUGUUUUAUAGAAAACGUGACACACAUUUGGAACCAAUACGUAAUUCUUGGCAAUUAACACCAUCCGGUAAAAUGUGUUAUGUAAGCAAACCUUGGGUUGUUCGCUUUUGGACAUGGGCUGAACCAGGUCCAAUGACAUCAGAAUUUUUCUGUGAACAUGGUUAUUUUCGACCAGAAUUAUGGGAGAUGCGUAAUUCACUAACUUUAUCUAUCCCAGAAAGUAUUUGGUGUAAUCUUCAUAAAAUAUGUUGA